GGUUCUAACCUGAUGCUAUUAAUACCACCUAAUGAACAUAAUCUGUAGGGUAGGUUAUCCUCUUACAUUUGUUGGUCGGACGACUGAGGGGAGGAGUAGAGAGCAAGUGAAAGAGGAGGGAAAAGCUGUGCUGUAGUUCCACACUGAGUGUGUUCUUUCUACCAGCUGCAGUGCCUUCUCUCUCCCUCUAUUGCUCCACUGGAAGAAACAGAAAGCUGAACACAUGUUUAAAGUUUCGUUUCUCAUUUAAUUUGAUUCCCCUCUAUAUUCCCCACCCUCUCUCUCUCUGGAUGUGUUGUACCAGAGGGCAAUGCUGUUAAGUGCUUUAUUGUGCGUGAAUGUGUAUAUAUAUACGGAGUAUACCUGUUGGCAGUAAUAUAGGAUUAAAGAACAACUUGCGGAGUACACGCAGUGGGAGCCUCCCUUCAUUUUUCUAUAGUUAUGAACUCUCUACCAUCUUACUCAGGAGCUAGAAUAUCUGGCUGUUGGACUCUAAGAUCGGAUGGCAGUGGGGGUGGGGAGGGAUCACUGGACCGGCUUCUCCCUUCGGUAAGCACAGGACUUUCACCCAGGAAAAGGACUACCAGUCAGUGCAAGUCUGAGCCUCCUCUCCUACGCACCUCCAAACGAACCAUCUACACCGCUGGCCGCCCACCCUGGUACAACGAACAUGGAGCACAGUCCAAAGAUGCCUUCGUCAUUGGUCUGUGUGGCGGCAGUGCUUCAGGAAAGACAACAGUAGCCAGGAAAAUUAUUGAAGAUCUAGAUGUUCCAUGGGUUGUACUACUUUCAAUGGACUCGUUUUACAAGGUCCUGUCCCCGGAACAGCAGACUCGGGCUGCCAGUAAUGACUAUAACUUUGACCACCCUGAUGCCUUUGACUUUGAUUUGUUGACACACACCCUGCACAAACUGAAACAGGGCAAGAGCGUAAAAAUCCCUGUCUAUGACUUUACAACUCAUGGGAGACAGAAGGAGUGGAAAACCGUAUAUGGUGCCAGUGUUAUUAUCUUUGAGGGAAUCAUGGCCUUUGCAGAUAAAAAGCUCUUGCAGUUGCUGGACAUGAAGAUUUUUGUCGACACAGACUCCGACAUCCGGCUGGUGCGUCGAUUGCGGAGGGACAUCACAGAGAGGGGCCGAGACAUUGAGGGUGUCAUCAAACAGUACAACAAAUUCGUCAAGCCAGCGUUUGAGCAGUACAUUGAACCUACCAUGCGCCUGGCUGAUAUUGUGGUCCCACGUGGUGGGGGCAACAUGGUGGCCAUCGAUUUGAUAGUGCAGCACGUCCACAGUCAGCUGGAGGAGAGGAAACUUCGCUGGGAUAUGGCAGCCCUAGCUUCUGCACACCAGGCCCAGCCCCUCCCCCAGACCCUCAGUGUUCUUGAGAGUACACCCCAGGUCAGGGGCAUGCACACCAUCAUCAGAAACAAGGAAACCAGCCGCGAUGAGUUCAUCUUCUACUCCAAGAGGUUGAUGCGUCUGUUGAUCGAGCGAGCGCUCUCCUUCCUCCCCUCGCAGGUCCGCGUAGUCCAGACCCCGCAGGGAGAGGAUUAUGAAGGCAAGACUUUCCACGGGAAGAUGAUCACAGGCGUAUCUAUCCUGCGAGCCGGGGAGACCAUGGAGCCGGCUUUGAGGGCCGUCUGCAAAGACGUCCGCAUCGGCAAGAUCCUCAUCCAGACCAACCAGGACACCGGAGAACCAGAGCUUCAUUACCUGCGUCUACCCAAAGACAUCAGUGAAGAUCAUGUGAUCCUGAUGGACUGUACUGUGUCCACUGGAGCUGCUGCCAUGAUGGCUGUUCGAGUCCUACUGGACCAUGAUGUUCAGGAGGACAAGAUCCUGCUGGUGUCUUUGCUAAUGGCAGAAAUGGGAGUCCAUUCAGUGGCUUACGCAUUCCCACAGGUCAAAAUCAUCACCACAGCUGUUGACAAGGAAGUCAAUGAUCUCUUCCACAUCAUACCUGGCAUAGGAAACUUCGGGGAUCGAUACUUCGGAACAGAUGCACCCCCUGACUGGAGUGACGAAGAGAUGGAUGAGCCCAGUUACUGAUUGAAUUAUCUUACACAACUUAUUGUGUGAUUCAGGGCUGUGCCCCUCGGAGGACAUUGUGAGGACAUAUUCUUUGCCUCUGUUGGGCCGUAACGUGCAUCCUUCCAGGGCCAAACAAGGUGCCCCGAGAAAUCAGCUGAAAACAGGACAAAACACUGCAAAUGUACAGUAAACCAUUUGGGAAGUGUAUCAUUUGAUCUAAUAUAACUGCUGUUGUGAAAAGUUGUGUAAUGAAGUAUGAAAUAUUUUUAUAUGUACAGUAUGUUAUUAAGUCUAAAUUAGUGUUUAAAUUGUGACAAUCUCUGAAAUUUGCAGGCAUGUUGCUUUGAUAAGAGAUCUAGCCUUAAGCCGUGUACUGUGGACGACACAACUGAAUGUGGAUUUGCAGUGCCGUAAAUGUUUUUUUAAUUUUUUACCACAUUCUUUUCUCACAACUUUCACAUAUGUAAUAUUGGAACGUGAACUUAUGUUUCUCAACUUCCAUUGCCAUGAGCACUUUCUGAAGGACCAUGCAAUCGGAAAAUGUGUGGGUGUAUCUGUCUUGUUUUUUUUAGCUCUCUGGUUCACCCUUUUUCUUUUUGUGGAUGCUGACCUAACCAGUGGAAACGGGUUUUAAAAACAGUUUUUCAUUAUACAGCCAAAAAUAUGCACUUGUGGUGUAUAUUUAUACAGCAUGUCCUUCAAUUACAUAUUCUUUCCUAUGGAUAGACCUGACCAGUCAGCAGGCAAGGCAUGUGUGUUUUUGAUGCUUUAAAAUAGGUCAUUUGCUUUUAACAAACGCAGAUUAAGCGUUUAUUUUAGUCUCACGCAUACUGCUUAAUGCCUCCGUUUUUCAUGCACUAGAUGAGAUUUUUGGUUUGAAUAAAAAAAUAAAAUACUGUAUAUAUAAUAAACAAAUAAAUAAAAAUAAAAGGGAUGCUGAGUUGAGUAUGCAUAUAGGCUCAGAACAUCUACAUUUCAAAAAGUGGGGUGUUCACAAAGCCCUGCUAGUAAAUUAUUUUUAUACUUAAUAUUGAAAUGAAGGAGAUCUGACUGUUAAAGUUGCCUUUUUAAUAUUGCCUUGUUUUUAGAAGAAUGUUGACAGCUUGCCAGACGUUUGGUUGCACUCCAAAGUAUUCAUCCAUAUCUAAAGGGGAGAAGUGUUGCAUAAUAAUUAAUAGGAUGUUCACUUUAACAAGUUCACAUUAAUUAUAAUAAAUGGAUCAUUUGUAAAAAAAAAAAAAAAAAGUAAGUUCUUUUUUUUCUUACAUUUUUUUUUCACAUUUUUGAAGAAAAAAAAUGAAAUCGGGAAAAACAAAAACUGAAUCGACUUGCAGCAACAUUACCUACAAGCAUUGUUACUACUGUUACCAAUCAUUUUCCAUUUGCUCACCUGAACUGUGUAAUGUGCUUACUUCUGAACACAAAUGUUAGUCACUCUGUACUGAAAAUUCAUCAAAUGUGUUUUCAACCUCAGUGUUUGACAGUGUGCUGUUUUGUGUUUAUCACUGCUGCAGCUGAUUAAUAAAAGUACAGUAGAGCU